UUUUGGAAAUUCGCACCGGAUACAGGAAGUGUUUUCAGGCUGACUCGCGUCUCGUCCUUGACUGCCCCACGUGAGGAAGUUCUACCUUUACCAUCGACAACAAAUUAAUUGAAUGGAAUGAAAUUAAAUUAAUGCUGUUCAUGCGCGCCUCUGACGAACAUUAAUCAUCUCAUUUUCUUCCCGCGUCGCGUUUGAGAGCCUUUAAAACCGCGCAACACUCGGUUGCUAGCAUGUCUCGUAGCUGUCGGUCAGUGUUGGCGUUAUUACACAGGUGUGUGGCGGCCAGUCACCUGACCACGUCCGCCAGGUGUGCUUUCGUUCCGAGUUCCACGUUGACGUCCAAGACCGGGACGGACUCUCUCCGGGGACUACAAGUCGCAGUGCGGCGCAGCCUGUGCAGCAAGGCACCUUAUGAGGACGAUACAUAUCCUCCCCUGCCAGCCUUCCAGGUGGCGGAGCAGCCCGAGAAGAAGGAUGUGUACAUUGUCCAGGUCCAAGGUCUGCCGUGGGCAUGCACGUCCCAGGACGUAGUGCGCUUCUUCUCAGAGUGUCAGGUCCGGAAAGGCGUGUCGGGCGUCCACAUGACCAUGGACGGCCAGGGCAGGCCGUCUGGACGCGCCUUCGUGGAGCUGGAGCACGAGGAGGACGUGAGGAAAGCCUUGGAGAAGCACAGACAGUACCUCGGACCUCGCUACGUGGAAGUUUACGAAGUAACAGACAGCGACGCGGAAGAAAUCCUGAAGAAAACGACCCAGUCUCCCGCCGAUAGUCGGGUGGUCAAACUCCGAGGUCUCCCGUUCUCCUGCACCGAGAAUGACAUCGUCCUCUUCUUUUCUGGUCUGGACAUCAUAAAGAAAGGCAUCACCAUUAUCACAAACCGCAAAGGAAGGAACACGGGGGAAGCCUUCGUGUGGUUUGCCACGCAGGAAGCGGCGGACGAAGCCCUGCAGAAGGACAGACAGCUCAUCGAGGAAAGGUACAUCGAGGUGUUUCCCAGCACGAGCCAGGAGCUUCAGUCCAGAUUGAGUAGUUCAUUGUCACCAAGCAGCGAGGUCACCAGGAAGAGGGUCUCUCCUCUACACACAGCCGCCAGACCCGUUUACGAAGUAACAGACAGCGACGCGGAAGAAAUCCUGAAGAAAACGACCCAGUCUCCCGCCGAUAGUCGGGUGGUCCGACUCCGAGGUCUCCCGUUCUCCUGCACCGAAAAUGACAUCGUCCUCUUCUUUUCUGGUCUGGACAUCAUAAAGAAAGGCAUCACCAUUAUCACAAACCGCAAAGGAAGGAACACGGGGGAAGCCUUCGUGUGGUUUGCCACGCAGGAAGCGGCGGACGAAGCCCUGCAGAAGGACAGACAGCUCAUCGAGGAAAGGUACAUCGAGGUGUUUCCCAGCACGAGCCAGGAGCUUCAGUCCAGAUGGAGGGGUUCAUCGUCACUAAGCAGCGAGGUCACCAAGAAGAGGGUCUCUCCUCUACACACAGCCGCCAGACCUGUUGCUGCACCUCGGCCUUCAAAGACCUCCAGCCUGUCAUCACAUUACGUCCACUUGAGAGGACUUUCCUUCCACGCGUCUGGAGAAGACAUCGUUAAGUUCUUCUCCCCGCUGUCGGUGUCCAUGAUCCGACUGGAGCUCGGUCCAGACGGGCGGCCGAGCGGCGAGGCCGACGUUUACUUCGACUGCCACGAGGACGCGGUGGCGGCCAUGUCCCACGACAGAAUGAACAUAGGUGGACGAUACAUCGAAUUGUUUCUGAACUCUGAUUCUGACGAUGAAAGGUAAAAGAAAUUCCGGAACGUCUGCUUGUAAACCAGCAAAGUGCCUGAAUCCACAAGCAUGAGACUCCGGUAUAUUUAUUUACGAAUGACAGCAAACAUUACAAAUAAAACAAUAAGAAUG